UCUGUGGGUGGAGGGUAAGAAACGGAAGGGGGGCAGCGGCGGAGUCAGGAUUCUCCCUGCGUUGUUGCUGUCCAUAGGAACGCGUUGUGAAAAGUACGCUAAGACAGAGUUGCGAGGACAAAAUCGGUGGAAACCGUUUCGGAAGAGCGCGGAACACUGCUCUUUCCUAUCUAGCUGGGUAGAUCGUAAUCGUCUUCGUUUUGGCUUUUUGAAAUAGGUUCUUUGUAGCCAGAGCUGGCCACGAACUCGCGGCAAUCCAACUGCUUUAGCCUUCCAAGUACAGGGAUGAGCCAACGCCGGCAGCUAAGUUGUUGUUGUUGUUUUCUUUCAGCUAAAAUGUCACUUUUAGAAAGGCUUUUCUUAAUAUCUCAAUCGAAUGUGUUCUCCAAGAACUUCAUAUCACACCAUCUUGUUUAAUUUCCUGUACAGUCCUUAUCAGUAUCAGUAAAGAUUGUUUUCACAGCCUUCAAUUGCACAGCCACGAAAAUUUUAGGGGGAUAGAGAACUUGCAAACUAAGAAGGGAGGGAAGGUGAAGGGAGGUAGAGGGGAUGGAGAGAAAGGGAGAAUGAAGGGAGGGAGAUGGGGAGAAGAGGGAGAAAGGAAACCUUAUUUUGAGGUUGCCUGACUCAAAACAAGAGUCAAGGGGGCCAAAAACUGUAGACAUUAAGCUCCCUCUGCAGGUCCGGGAGGGUAGGUACCUUAAGAAUGACCCCAGCGGACGGUAGGGGGCGCGCGUGUACUUUUCGCCACGGCCGAAAGUGAAGACUACAACUCCCAGAAGCCUCUAGGAAUUCUCUAGUACUUGAGGGCUGGGCCAACUCGUUCCUUCCCGCCACACCGCUCAGAACUUAACCGGGAUGCAAAGAGCCAAUGGGAAGGUGGCCCGACUCCCGCGAGAGCAAGGAGCACCAGCGGCGCGUAGCGACCCCGGGGGCUUUGCUUUCAGCAUUGGUUUCCCGGUGAUUGCCCACGGUUGCGGGGCUCGGCUUACUCUUCCCGGAAGAGGAAGGCAGGCGCGGUGGGUCUGUGCGGGUCUGCGCCCGGAUCCCUGGGAGUUUUAAUGCAGCCUGGCCUCAGCAGCUGGUAGCCGGUGCAACGAGGCUUGCCCGGCCCCUGUCCGUCCUGCUUGCUCUACAGAAUGAAGACGUCGGAGGAGCGACUCUUAGCUCCGGACAGCCUCCCUUCUGAUCAGGCCCCAGCUCCAGUGCCCCAAGGUUCCCCUGUGGAUAAAAAUACAGACUCUGAACUGGUGCCACCGCCAUGCGGUGGAGAUGACCAAUCCCAGAUAGCCACAGAUUCUGUGGCCGGCUCGGUUCCGUCCCAGGAGCCGCAACAAGGGGACCCAGUUCCUCUCUCCGCUCCCCCGGAGGAAGAGUUUAAUACUCCCGGUGAGUUGAGCCCUCGAAUCGAGGAGCAAGAACUUUCCGAAAGUGCGAGCCUUACGGUAGAAGAAACGAAUCAGCCUGAAUUGGAGUCAGGAGAAGCCGUGGAAGGUGUGUCUGAUGAACCCGGUCCUGUGGACGAGGGAGACACCUUUUGGAACUACAGCUUCUCGCAGGUACCCCGAUACCUCAGUGGUUCCUGGUCCGAGUUCAGCACUCGCUCCGAGAACUUCCUGAAAGGUUGUAAGUGGGCCCCUGACGGUUCCUGUAUCUUGACCAAUAGUGCUGAUAACGUCCUACGGAUUUACAACCUGCCCCCAGAACUGUACAGUGAAGGAGAGCCGGUGGAAUAUGCAGAAAUGGUUCCUGUCCUUCGAAUGGUGGAGGGUGACACCAUCUAUGAUUACUGCUGGUAUUCCCUGAUGUCCUCCAGCCAGCCAGACACCUCCUAUGUGGCCAGCAGCAGCCGGGAGAACCCAAUUCACAUCUGGGAUGCAUUCACUGGAGAACUCCGGGCUUCCUUUCGCGCGUACAACCACCUGGACGAGCUGACAGCCGCCCACUCGCUCUGCUUCUCCCCGGAUGGUUCCCAGCUCUUCUGUGGCUUCAACCGGACCGUGCGUGUCUUCUCCACAUCCAGGCCUGGUAGAGACUGCGAGGUGCGAACCACAUUUGCAAAAAAGCAGGGCCAGAGUGGCAUUAUCUCCUGUAUAGCCUUUAGUCCGGCCCAGGCCCUUUACGCCUGUGGCUCCUAUGGCCGUACCCUAGGCCUGUAUGCCUGGGAUGACGGUUCUCCUCUCGCCUUGCUGGGAGGCCACCAAGGGGGUGUCACCCACCUUUGCUUUCAUCCCGAUGGCAACCUCUUCUUCUCAGGAGCCCGAAAGGAUGCUGAGCUUCUGUGCUGGGAUCUCCGGCAGCCUGGCCACCUCCUGUGGUCUUUGAGUCGGGAAGUGACCACCAAUCAGCGCAUCUACUUUGAUCUGGACCCGAGCGGGCAGUUCCUGGUGAGUGGCAACACCAAUGGAGUCGUCUCCGUGUGGGACAUCCGUGGAGCUUUCACCGACAGCACGCUGGAACCUGUGGUGACGUUUCUGCCCCAGAAAGACUGCACCAAUGGAGUGAGCCUCCACCCUAGCUUGCCUCUACUGGCUACGGCUUCCGGCCAGCGUGUGUUUCCAGAGCCCACCAAUAGUGGGGAUGAAGGCGAGCCGGAGCUGGAUCUUCCCCUGCUCUCCCUGUGCCACGCCCAUCCCGAAUGGCGGCUUCAGCUCUGGUGGUGUGGAGGGGGACCGGACCCCAGUAGCCCUGAUGACCACCAAGAUGAGAAGGGACAAGGAAGGACAGAGGGCUGUGGGGAUGAGUGAAUAUAAAGAUUUUGUAUGAUGCUGGA